CUACACUCAGUAGGUUUCUGACUAUAUUUCGUUUCGCGUCGAAUAAAUUCAUUUCGUACGUUCAACUGUCUCAUUGCCGCUGCCGGUUUAUUUGAAUUUCCCGCCCAAAUCUAUUACGUAACCUACUUUACUGUUCUUUGACGUGACAAGACGAGAUUGAAUUUGAAAGUGCGGUGGUUUGUAUUUGUGAAGUUUGUUGUUUUUUUUUCAAGAUGUUAAUAUCGAGUUAAGACUAUUCGGAUUUACUAGCUUUAUGGAUUUUCUUUAAUGUGUAGUAGAGUUGAUGAGGGGCAUAUUGGCGACGUUACCUUUGAGAGUGCUGUUGGUUGGACUUCAAAAAACCAUUUUUCAGCUACUGCUUCUUCUUGGCCGCUGACCAUUGGGCAAUCCAGAUACAGUGAUGAUGGAAUUAUGGACCACGAUAUAGAUGGGGAUGGUGUUAUUAAUCUGUCGACGUCCCAACGACCGUCAGCAACAACUACGCCAAAUAUAAUACAGUCUUUGAACAGUGAACCACAGGCCGCUUCACUGGAAAAAGUAAUAAAAGAACAACAACAACAACUAGAGCUGGAUCGAACUUGGGAUCACGAAAGGGAGCGGGACAUAAAAGGCAAUGGAAGCUCAAGUCCUCUUUCGGAACAAAGGACACAAGAACUUUCUCCCCCACCUACAUCCGACUCGCAAAAAAAUCUUAGCGCAACGAUUCCACCCAUUCAACAGAAUGAAACAACCAAAUUACCAAAUGACUACUCCUACAGUCAGUCCCAAACACCUGGACCACCACUAAUGUCAUCACCCACCUCAAAUCUUCAUCAUAUGCAGCAGUUACUUCAACAACAUGUAUUAAGUCCUACGCAGCUACAGACUUUAAUGAAGCAGCAUUCGAUAUUGCAACAGCAGCAACAGCAACAUCAACAACAUCAAUUAGCAGAAUUAGGUAAAAAACAAAUCGAACAAACCAUGCAACAACUUCAAGAACAACUCCAAAUGAAUCUCAUCCAACAGACACAUAUCCUACAAAGUACAGAUAAGAAAAAAGCAUCUAGCUCAAUACAGCAGCUAGCACUACAACAACAGCAACUAAUUCAGCAACUACAACUAGUUCAACGGCAGUACGUCGUACAUCAGGGUAUGGGCAUGCAGCCACUGAUGCUUUCCCAAAGUCAAAGUCUCAACAGUAGAGAGGUUAUGAGUCCAUGGAAGGAUAUUAGUGAUCCACAUGUGGCUAAUAAUAAGCCACCACCGGAAUCGAAUGAUACUUCUCCUGGUUUAUUGGGCAUUCCUGCAAAUAGAUCAAGUAGGGAUGAACCUAUGGAUGAUAAACCUGAUAGGCCAUCUACCCCUGAUAGAUUACAUCAUCUAUACGGUCAUGGUGUCUGUAAAUGGCCUGGCUGUGAGAAUCCAUGCGAAAACUUGGAAACAUUUAUAAAGCAUUUAAAUACGGAACACAUCCUCGACGACCGUUCGACGGCUCAAGCUCGUGUUCAGAUGCAAGUUGUUUCCCAACUCGAACUGCAACUUCAAAAAGAACGAGAUCGUCUUCAAGCGAUGAUGCACCAUCUUCAUCUCUCUAAACAACUGAGCUCUCCAGAUCCACAUAAAGACUCCUCAGUUAGCUCCGUAAAGAUUGCGGUAAGUGCAUCCCUGCCUCAACCCCCAGUAUCUAUGGGACCUAUGGUCUCGGCUGUUAGGUCACCAGUAUUGCAUUCACCAGCCCCAAAUGUCGCUGGACCGAUUAGAAGGAGACUGAGUGAUAAAUCUGCGUUAUCAUUAGCCGGUGGCUUACCUUAUAUGUUAGAAAGAGCUGGAUUAGAUGUUCAACAAGAAAUUCAAAGAAAUAGGGAAUUUUACAAGAACGCUGAUGUAAGACCCCCAUUCACAUAUGCUUCUUUAAUUCGACAGUCCAUUAUCGAAUCACCCGAUAAACAACUGACACUCAACGAAAUUUACAAUUGGUUCCAAAACACAUUUUGCUAUUUUAGGAGAAACGCGGCAACUUGGAAGAACGCAGUACGACACAACCUGUCACUCCACAAAUGUUUCAUGCGUGUGGAGAAUGUGAAAGGGGCAGUUUGGACAGUGGACGAAGUAGAGUUCUACAAGAGAAGGCCGCAGCGAUGUUCGUCGGGUCCUUUGGCCCAACCAGUCGUCGGGGGUGCCACUUCAAAGAGUCCCACCAUGAACCACAGUCCAACAAUGUAUGGUGAUCAUCUAGCGUCGAAUGUUCAGGCUUCCCUGAUGGAGGAGAACAAUCUGUCUUUUUUGACAAAUUCCGCCUUGCUUGUCAGUCGAACGAGAGAUAGGUCAGAAUCACCUCCCCAUGACCAUUUAAUCAGGUCGCCCAUGAAUGGCGGACUGCACGUUAAGCAAGAAAUGAUCCAAGAUCAUCACAUGAGAAGCGAUCGCGAGCGCGAACGUGAAAGAGACCAAGAGAUGCAGCACGUGAUAAAACGUGAGAUGCUCUCAGAGUACGACGACUUAGAUCAGGAGCAAUCAGAAAACGUUGCAGAAGAUCUCACAAUAACUUCAGAUCAUACGGAGUCGAACAUUAUCGACCAAUAGUGAUAAAAAAGUGUUCAUUUCACUCGAAUUCUAAGAACUUUUCUUCGCAAAUAUACGUGAACUCCAUUGGUAUAUAGGUUGUAAAGAUUGAAGGACGGCUUAAACUUUGUAUAUUUGUUUGUGCGUGUGUGUACAUAUAGAAAAUAUGAUUAAAAAUGAAUGAAAGGGUAUUGUUAUCGUUUAGACAAAUUUGUCGAGUGUUGUAUCAUCAGAAAAAGAUAUUAAUUUCAUCAUUAAUACAGGGUUAUUUGUUACGCGAUGGAUUUUUUUGGCUAAGCCAAAGAUUAUUUUAAUUAUUAUGUACUGUUAGUUCAAAUUAAUAUUCGGUAAAUUUUCAAGGAAUUUUUGACUACUGAUCGCUUAAAGAUUGUGAUUGCAUCAUAGAUGGAGAUACCUAUUCACAAUAAACACUAUUUCAUUAAAACACAAUGGAACUAGUAGCUACACCUAGAAGGAAUAAUUUAUCGACCUUGUUAUUUGUGAUACAACAGCCUUACAUCGAGAUUGAAAUGAUAACAAUGACAAAAAUUUCUAUGAGCAUGUAUUAAAAGAAAAUGAGUGGUGCGUUUGGCUACGCUAUACCUGAAUACACUGUUUGUUGAUCCCGUGGCUUGAUACCCUCCUGUGUACAAAAGGAGCUAUUCGGUAUCUGUGAAACUUUGUUCCAAGCAAUUUUAACUUUGUGGAUUAACUCACACUUCUGCUGAAUAUUUAUCUAAUGAGCGGGCUGACCACGGCAAAACAUUAACGUCAACUUUUUAGAGAAACUCCAAAUAUGUACAAGUACGUUGUCCCGCUGAAAAAUGACGGAUGGAUGUUUAUUUUAAAUGGUUCAUGAAAAAUUUAAAGAAAAAAAUUAUUUUUAUACAAAGAUACAACAUUGAUAAUGUUAUCAUAGUCUGUUCUAAAUAUAUGAUGUUGCCAAAAAAAUCAAGGUCAGAAAAUUAUUUCUCCUGAGUGCUAUUGAAUUUAUAUCAAUUAAAAAUUUUUUUGUUGAUUAUGAGAAUUGAAGUACUCCAAAAAUGGCACCCAUGGAUUCUGAGCAUGAAAAAAAUCAAACAUUUACCUAUAUCAACAUUAUAAAUUUUUAAUAUAUAUUUUAGUAAAUAUAUCAUUUUAAUAAUUUUUCUAUUCGUGAUAACUAGUUUUAAUAAUAACGCAAAUAUAAAUACUAAAAAAUUUUCAUUUAUUGGAUAUAAAAUUAUGUGUAGUAACUUUGGUUUUUGCGUGAAUUUUGGAAAAGUUUUCCUCGUUCGUUUUUCGUGACAUUUCAGGACUAUUUGUAGAAAUGAAAUUAUUAUUAUAACGUACAUCAGUUACCGUAAUGUUGUGUCUCUAAAUUACUGCCCUAUAAAUACCAAGCAUUCCAUGAUAUUUUUUUAACAAGCCAUUUUUUAUUUGCAAUAUGUAAAAUCUGAAAUGAGCAUAUGGUUACUAGCAAUACAUAAGUUAUCUUGUAGAAAGAUUGUCUAGAGGCAAUUUCGUUUAACUUAAAAACAUAUACGAGUAGUUUAAUUGAGGGACAAUACAUCACUAUGACACUAAAAUCUGUCAGGCAGAUCACACGGAAGAUGCCUUCGCUGGGUGGGAGGUCUCAUUCGAAAUUGCGCCAAUGCGUUGGGAUGAGUUUCAAUAUGGUGAUAAUAUUUCUUCUUCAACUGACUUAAUUGGAAGGUCACAAGCAAUAACGGGUACAUACUAUGAAAUAUUUACAAUAAUUCUGAGUACUUUUGACUGAAAUCUUCCUGGAAUUUUCGACUUAUUAACCAGUAUAGUUUAACACAGUUGAACGGGUCCCUCUCUGUUUGGUGUAGGUAACAUGGACAAAUUUAUUUUCUUUCACUUGAAUUCUCCAGGUUUUCAACCACAAGGAAAUAGCGUCCAUCAUUGUCUCCAAUAUAUGAGAGGCAAUAUCUGGGACCUGAAAGAGACAUUAGCGCAGCAGUGUCAUCUGCAUAUAUAAUUUAUGAUAUCGAUUAGAAAGAAAUCUCUUGAAAAUGUAACAUUCUACUUCUGGAAAUAAGUUAUAAUUAUCUGAGUAAUGAAGAGGUGGUUAUUAUUCUAUAACACACCCAAUCAAUUUUUAUUUGUCUACCGGCACAAUUUUUAGUUGGUUUUAACAAAGGUGGUCUUUUUUUUAAUAUACUGUCUAUCUCAGAUGUAGGCAAACUUUUUCCAUUGAGCGUUAGAAAGUUGAUUGUUAUUUACAUAUGUAAAUGACAACUUCACCUUUGUGAGGAGUCCUGUCUUGGUAUAGGUAGUAGAUGUUUUUGACAAACAUAAUUGAAAAUCUAGUUAUAUUGCGUUUUGAAAUGAAUCCAUAUUUAAUUUCCAAUUUAAUAUAUUUGAGAUGUAGAAACCAAGAAAAAAUUAAUUUUUCUUAUUGGAACAAAGUUCUAAGUUGAUUUUAUCCUUAUUUUGAUAUUCAUGAUGAAGAUGAUCUAUAGAUCAAUAUAAAUAAGCAAAUUGUCUGUGUCAAUAUCAUAUUUUGAUAAAGACUUAAAGAAAAUUCGAAACGUCAAAAUUUAUCUUUCUUUUAAUAACUAUCAUAAAAAACUAAUUUUGAAACAGAAGAGACCUAUAAUCAAGAACAUUUAGAUGCAUUAUAUAUAUCUGUAGCCGUAUUUCAAUUAUGAGAUUGAUACCAACAAAUGCAAAUUAUUUUCAGUUCUAGCUGGAUGUCAAUGGAACGGUUUGUUUUUGCCAUUUCAUUUGGGAAAUAACUCAUGUGCUAAUCGAGGUAUCCGUAAGAAAUUCAUUAUAUUCAAGAGAUUGUUCAUCAGAAACUAAUAAUAUUUUAUUAUAAAACAUAUUUAAUAAUAAUUUAGAUACGUCGAUAUCUGGUAGAAAUCCUGAAAUAUAAUAAUUUUUCUUUUCUCCUAGUAUUACUACAUUGAAAACUACUAAGUCACUAGAAUUAACUAAAAUAAAAAUAUACAAACGGAAACAUUUGAUGAAAACUGAUGUUUACGUUACUUUUCAAAGAAUGGAAAAUAUUUCAAGUUCAAUCCUUUAUUUUUCAAAAUAAGCGAGGUAUUGGAAAUCAAUGCUCUUAAACUACUCUGCUAUUGAUGUAACUUUUAAUUCAUAUAUUCCGAAUCUACACAUUGAUUAAAAAAUUUGGUGCUCUUCAAAUCUACAGAAUCAAUUUCAUUAUUUUUGGAAAUUAGUUUUAAAUUGUCAAAUUUCAAUCACAAAACAAUAUUUGUCUGUUUGUACCUACUUUGUUCCUGGUAAAAUUAUUUAAUACCAAUAGAAAACCAAUUAAUACCUCUUGAAAAUGUCUGCUCGUGCCGUUCACUAGAUUGUUGAGGAAUAUUCAGCCAUUCUUCUUCUGCAGCUAGGAUGAGUUCUUUAAGUCUUCUAAGUGGAUCUAUACGAUCUUUAACUGCUUUGGCAAUAAUGUUCAAGAAGGUUCAUAUCAGGACAUAGAGUAGGCAAGUACAAAAGAUUGAUCAUUUCAAUUUCUAGGUACUCAUUAACGGAUACAAAACAAAAACGCCCCUUACUAUCACAUUAGAAUGAAUUAUAUCUGUGCCAGACGUUGACAAGUAGUAAUACAUUCGACAUUCGCUGAAUCUGAUCUAGAAAUGAUACAGGCCUAAAUCAUUUCAAUUCAAUUGUAUUUUCUUCUAAUAAAAAGUAAGAAAAAUGCGUUUUCUCUCUAGAUCACUUAAUAAUGUAGAACCAGGUAUUUAAAUUCUCAAUCAUUCUUUCGAAGUAUUGGUAUAUAGGGGCUUUUAUAGUUAAUUUGCUGUUAGUUGAAACGCCUUCUACCACUCCUUUGAAUAUAUACGUAGUCCCUAGAAAAUUAUUCCAUAUACGAGAAACAUCACUCCAAGAAACGCCUAUAUACGAAUUGCCCUUUCUAGCUAAAGCAAUUAUUUUGAAUCUAUUAAUAAUUAUCACUUGUUUUAUAUUUCCACUCGAAACUCUGAAAUUCUAAUGAUGAAUAUUGAGCCUUCAAAAAAUAUCUGUACAGACAUUUCUAACACAAAGUCUUGCACAACAUCUGAAGAUAAUACCAAUUAUAACUAACAAGUUUUUAAUUUUAGAGUCUCAGCAUCUCACACUAUAUGGUAAACACAUGUUCUUCAAAAAUCUGUACGUAAUUGGUUCUAACUUUUGUAAGGAAGAAGCGUAAUGUCUUCAAUUUGUCUUAUUUUAUUACAUAUUAUGUUUUGCUAGGAAGUAAACAAUCACUAAAAAGUAAGAGAAAUAUUUCUGUUUUUCUAUUUAUCUAUACUUUCCCAAAGCCAAACCUUUUCAUAACAUACUGGAUAACUAUCAUAUUAAGUUUUCAAUUGGGAGAAAUCUGUAUAUAAAAGCUUAUUUAUAGAAAGUAUACCAACCAAUAAUAUCCCAUUGAUUUCAAACUAUCCUAUUUGUGAAACGUUUUCGUGGGACUUUUAUAUUAUAUAAUAUAUAUAUUCUUUUUUUAAGUCAACGAAAUGUUGAGGUACGAUCGUAAGGGGGUUGAAAUUUUUAUGAUACAGACAUCUAUCAUUCAUCAAACUCCUUCCUACCAUUUAUCCCAUCCUUUAUAUAAUAGGGAAUAUAUCAUUUGUGGCAAAUCAUUGAAAAGGCAUUAAUAAUGAGCAUAUGGACAUCAAGAUGAUCAACGGUUUUAUUCAACAUGUGCCUUUGCAAAAAAGCCUUGAUUAAUUCAACACAACAUCUCUUGAAUGGAAUGGAACACCUAUGAUUUGUUAAUGUGUUAUUUUUUAAAUAAAAUAUUUGGAAAUAUUUUAAGUUGAAUUACAACAAUAGACAUCGAUUUUGAAAGGAAAUGAUUAUAUACUCCAUUUGUGAAUAUAAAAUUUUACCAAAAUUUCAAUUAUUCCCGUGUCCAUAAAUCAAAAUAUAGAAAUAAGAGAAACAUAUAAUCAUAAUUGAAAGUCUCUGAUUCUGUGUUUUUUUGCUAAGACAAACGUUUCACUCUUGAAAAAAUUUAUAAAAAUAUAAACUAUUUCUAUACAAACCCAUUUUUAUUGAAAUAUUUUCUCAAUUUCGUAAGGUAUCAGAUGAUAAUACUAAUAAUAAUGAUGAUUUCCUGCUUUAAUAAUUAUUAAUUCAGUGACGUUUUUAUCUAUUCAAUUAUACCAAAAAGAGUAUUAAAACGAACCUUAUCUUAUUUCACAUUUGGAAAUAGUACUGCAAGAAGCGAUCAGUAUUUCUCAAAUUUUGUUUAGGACAGUUAGAACAAAAGGAAAAAAUAUAAUAAAUUUAGCAUAUCAUUUACUAUGUGUGCGUAGAAACAAGAAAUAUGCACGAAAAAUAAUGUUACAUAUUUGUAUUUGGAUACAGUGGAAGUAGCUACUACGUUGAAAAAGUCCAAUUUAUUUACACAAUAAUCUGUGUGCUUAAAACUUACCACAGUUCCAUUUCUUAUUACAAUUUUUUUUAAGAUAUUUUAGAGAAAAGUUCAAAUUACUGUAUCAUUUCUGGAAAUGUCUGUAUGAGUGUUACCAUCAAUAAUUAUUUCAUAUUUUCUAAAAACAAUCCAAGAAAUUGUUUCUGAAUACAUCCUAGCUGUUCUUUGAAAUACAAUAUAGUCUUUAUUUCAUUAAUAUUUCUUAAGUAAUAACCACACACUUUUCCUGUUUAUUUUUUUGAGAUUUAUAAAGUCAUUUAUUCAUAUUCAAACAAUUAAUUUAGUUAACAACGAAAAACUAUACUAUUUUUUGAUGCAUAAUUUUACCGGGAUUUUUCGUGAAAAAUUCAAAUAAAUCAACUAAAUUUUUUCAAAAUGAUCACAAAAUAAAAUAUAAACAACAUUUUUAUUACGACAUCUAAUAUAUUUACAUUUUUUGGUAGUUGCUUGUCUCCCUUACUGUAAAUUAAAUAUCUAGAAUCUUUUACUACCUAAAAAGACACCAAUUGUAUAACAAUUAAAGUCAUAUGUCAAUACUCUGCGAAAAUAAAAUUUCUCAACAAUUACUAAUAAUCCCUCGUAUAUUUUUUGAAUGUAGAUUUCUCUAUUUUUUGGUUGAUUUUCUUCUGAUCUCGAAUAUAUAUGCAUAUCUCUCUUAUUUUAAGAAAUACAGUUGGAAGUUGAAAGUUUUUAAAUGAAAAUAGAUUAAAACUACAAAAAUUUCUUCAAAAAUCUCUAUAUUCGUGCAAUAAAUACUUACAAUAACCAAGCAAUUUUCUUUGAUAAACUUAACUUCAGCACAUUGUUAAGUUACUUUCUUUUUUAGGAACAGUCAUAAAAGAGUAUUCAACGGUGAUAAAUAUUGUUCUCAUGUUAACAUUUUGUUUCUUGUAAACAAUAACACAUUUAAUUUUUGAAUGACUUUUCGUUGACUUCAGUUUUUUGUUUGCGAAUAUUUAUUAUAUACUUACUCUACAUAAAUUUAGGCUCUUUCUUCAACCUUUGCAUAUAUUGACAGAAAUCUAAGAGUUUCCAAUAUUGGACUUAUUUUUCUUUAAAAAAAUAUGCUGAUUGUAAUUCAUACGUUUUAUAUUAGGUCUUUUCAAAUGCUCUGGAUACCUUAAAUUUAUUUCUAGUUACCGAUUUCCUUAACCCAUUUUUCCGAUUUUCUAGAAGAAUGUUUAUUAAAUUGUGCGCUUAUUUCAAAUAAAAUGACGUUAAUUUCCCGAAAUUUAUUUAUAAUAACAUCGUAAAAUCUUUUUGAACUAAAUGAGUUAAUCACGUAUAACUUUUGUACGAUCCCCGUCCCAUUUCAGUUGUCCCAAUUGAAAAAAAUUACUAAUUUUUGCUUUUUCAGCUAUUAAAAACCGGCAAAUUAUUUCGUUAUGAGCAUUUUAUAUUUUCUAUAAACAUUUUAGUUAUAAGUCUUAACAUAUGUUAUAAUUACAAACCAAAAAAAAAACAAAAACCAAAUGUAAUCCCAAAAGCUAAAAUAUUGAACAUACUUUCAAAAAGUUACCAUUGCGCAACAUCCCCUUUAUUUUUAAUAACAGCCAUAGUUCUUUGAGGCAUGGUGUUUAUUAAAUUCUGGCAGUAUUCGGGAGUAAAAUCAUUCCAAAUUUCUUGUAGUCUUUCUUUUAAUUCCAUGACAGUUCUAGCAGGAUUUGCAGACAACUGCUUUUCAUUUCAUGCCAAAGUGUUUCUAUUGGUGAUAAAUCUGGACUACUUGAAACACACUCUAAAAGUGGAAUAUUGUUAUAUGAGAACCAUUUUAAAACCUUUUUUGAUUUAUGGCAUUCUGCUCCAUCUUGCUGAAAAAUAGAGGCUUUCCCAGAGGUUAAAGUUACUUCUCUUGUUGGCAACAAUGAUUCUUCUAAAAUAUCCAGGUACUUUUCAGUAUUGACAAUUCCGUUUAUGAAAUGCAGUUUUGCCACUCCUCUUGCAGAUAUCGAGCCCCACACCAUCACAGAUGCCGGAAAUUUUACUUUACGCUUCAAACAAUCUCGAUGAAAAGCUUCAUUUUUUUGUCGAAUAACUCUACUUAGAUCGUCACCCACGCAAACUUCAAAACGAGACUCAUCACUCCAAUGUAUACAGCUCCACUGUAUGGCUUUUCCUUGGCCUAUGUAAAGAAAAUUUAAAUUUAGAAAAAUAUGCAUUAAACUAAGGUGUUACAAAAUUCACCGAUGUCCGAAAUCCUAAUUUUUGAGCCUCUCUGUGGAUCUUGAAAUCCGCCUACCCACUGCAUUACUCCAAAGUACACUUAGUUAACCACAGUUAGCACGUCUGUUUUGUUGAAUUAUUCUUUUUAACGCUCGUUUAUCUUUGUCUGACAAUUUCGAUUUUCUUACAUACCGGUGUUUAGGGACAAUCGAACCAUUUGCUUUGCUUUAUACAAGCGAACUAUAUUUCGAAUACUGUAUUUUGACAUGUUUACAACUUUUUUAUAAGUUUAUUAUGAUUGAACGAAUUUUUUCAUCAAUAACUUUUCCUCUUCCCAUUUUAAAAAUUAUUACUCCAAAAAUUUAUCUCUCAUUUAAAAAAAAACAUUUUGUGUAAAUAUGACUUACACAGCCUACUUUAUUAUUUGCGUAUUUUAGACCUAAUGAAACUUUGAACACAAUUUUGGAAACAAUGAACCCUUGUAUAUGCAUAAAAAAUUAUUAUCAACAAGACCUAUCUAUUUCCAUCAUGUUAAAUAUCAUUCAAAAUAUUUGACAAUAUUCAUCCAACACCUAUUUUACAAGUAAAACUAAAAGUUUACUGACAGCUAGUUUUUGGCAUUUUAAAAAAAAAAGUUUAAUAAUUUCGAAUUUUUCUAAGUGGGCCAACUAAAAUGGGACGGGGCUCGUAUGUAUCAAUUAGUUUUUUGUACCUCUGUUACAAAAUUAAAGCGAGGGUGAAACACCCUGUAUCUAUAUACGUAACAAUGUACAUAGAAUUAUACUAGGCGAAAGAGAAUAAAUGGGGAAAGUGAAAUGAUGGUUAAAGAGGACACAAAAUCCAUGAAUUUGUAAUAAUAAUCAUCUUGGUGUCCUCAAUUGAUAGUCAUCGUAAUUAUGUAUUCUGGAAUAAAAUUCUCCACAUAUUUUUUUUUGUUAACGUUGCUCCUCUUUCUAUAUAAAUAUGCAGUUGUGUGUUUUAUCAUAUAGUAUUUUGACAUUUGCAAUUUAAUGAUCAAUUUAUUGAAAAAUUUAUAAUAUUGAAAUUUUUUUCGAAAUGUAAACUUGUAAGCAUCAAAUUCUCGUCCGCUAUUUGUUUAUUUACUAUUUACUGUGAGAUGAAAUGGAACUGUAAUUUUAUAUCCUCUUAUUAUUUAUAAUUUAAAUAUCCAUUUGUUUUUAAGCACUGGAUUAUGAUUUUUUAUACUGAAACCCGGUUGCAAUAUAUAAAGUAUGGCUCAGUAUUAACGGUUAUCGAUUAGGUAGUACCUCCCAUAGGUUGAUUCACAGUUUGACGAUUUAAAAUUUAUGCAACUCGCAAAUUCCAUUUGUCACUAGAAUAACAGUUCCGUACAUUUUCUUGUGAUUUCUGAUAUAUAGGUGAGAAAUUAUUCUGAACAAAUUGUUACUAGAUAUUCAAUUUAUCAGCAUCCUAAAAAACAUGCAGUUAACCUUCGUUUACUUUGUUUCAAUUUUAUUUCCUGUGUAUUCUCAUUUCUCUUUUCAUAUUUCCAACUCCAUAUUCUUCUGCAUCUCCUGUACUGUUUUUGUACACUUCUUAGAUCUUCCUUCUACUUCUUUUAUAUCAUUCUCCUCAAAACCUCCUUACCCAAACCAUUUAAAAUUCUUCAUUUUUUCAUUCCUGUAAUAUGUCAUAGUCUACUAACUUUUGAGAAUUUUUUGGUUUUAUGGACAUAAAUGAAACGUUUGUUAAUUGUUAAUAUUAUUGUGUGUCCUGAUUUCGUCAAUACUAACUUUAAAAUUCUUAAGACUUUAUUAAAGUGGAACAGGUAAGUUUGCAAAAAAUUGUAAUAUAGUAAAAUAUCCCAUUAUACGAUUAUUUUACGCGAGUAAUUACUUUAUUUAUGAUAUGUUAUAAACGACAAAUUAAUUUUACGUUGAGUCAACCUAUGUAAAUUUGCUCUUAUCUACACUCGUCUUAUAGGAAAUAAUUAGAUAAAAUAGCUACACCACUGUGUUGAGAUGUAAUUACGCUCAUAUAGUGAUGUAAAAUAAGCAAUAUUGUAAAUUAUUCUCGUUAAGCAUCUGCGCUAUUGUAAUCUACCUUUGUAGUCCGGUAGGUAGUAGCUUUUUUUUAAUACUGUAUGUUGUUGUCACAUUCCAAAUGACGAAUCCGACCGUCAGUCUAGUAGUGGUGGGUACGCGCAAAAAAGGCUGCGGUACUCGUGAAAAAAAAAUUAUUUUAUUCCAGAUAAAAUCGUUCUCAUACAAAAUUGAUGUCAAUUAGCAACAGAAAACAACAGUCAGUCGUGCGGCAGACGAGGGAAGAUGCGUCAUUCGAGCGCGUUAACUUGUCAAAAAAAUAUGAAUUUCAAAUUAUCUUAUUUAACAUGAAAUAUUCCCACAUGAUUUCAUACUUAUACAGAAAUAUAAUAAUGACCGUCAGCUGCUUGUCUAGUAGGGGUAAGACUGUCAGUCUGGGUGGCGCUUGGAAUUUUCUUUCCGCUGACGUGACACCUUUUCCCUCAAUAGACAAUCAGCUGACGGCUAUUAUCACGUUUCUAUUUGUUAAAACUAUGAUAUUUAUUAAUUUCGAAUGAGCUGUUUACGAUUUACCUUAGACUGAUGUAAGUAAAAUGGUAAUAUUAAAUCAUAUAAUUAAUAUUUGUAAUCAGUAAAUUUUUAAGAGGUAUCGGAUUUGAUUUUGAAAAAAAACAAAAAAUUUGGAAAAAUUGAUGAAAUUUUUAUUGAAAUCAAUAGAACGAUUAAUAUAGUUUAAAGUUUGGAAAUGAUUUCAUACAAAUGUUGGCCGCGGCUCCGCUUUAGAUAGCCCAUGUGCAAGGUCCAAUUUUGGCACACUCUCUCCAACAUAUCGGCCGGUAUUUCACGAAUAAAUGCUUCAAUAUUGGCUUCCAGUACGUCAAUCGAUGCUUGUUUAUCCCUGUAGACAUUAGCUUUAACAUGGGUCUUCUUCCAAUUUGGGCAAAAGAAUCAUCAAUCAUCACACGGUAGCGCUCGUCAUUCACAUUAACGUUCCGGCCAUCAUCGCUUUUGAAGAAGUACGGCCCGAUGAUGCCACCGGCUCAUACUCCACAGCAAACAGUGACUUUUUCGGGAUGCAUUGGUAGCUCUUGCUAUGCUUCUGGCUGAUCUUCACUCCAGAUGCGGCAAUUUUGCUUGACGUAUCCAUUCAACCAGAAAUGAGCUUCGUCGCUGGACACAAUUUUUCGAAAUAAAAGUGGAUUUCCCUCGAACUUUGCCAGCGCUCAUUCACCAAAUGUUAGACGUUGUGGGAGAUCGUGUGGCUUCAAUUCUUGCACCAGCAAUUUAUGAUAAGGUUUUACACCCAAAUCCUUUCGCAAAAUUUUCCACGAAAUGGAGUAACAAUGACCCAAUUGCUGCGAACGGCGGCGAAUCGACAUUUCACGGUCAUCAGUAACAUUGGUGGAUACAGCUGGAGUAUUCUAUUUUAUAUUAUUAUUAUUAUAUAGAGAGUAUUUAGUUUUAGACUAUACAUAUUAUAUUACUGUAAUGUUUCUCUUAUUUAUUUAUACUAUUUCUAUCGGUGGGAUAAAUCUAAAUACACUGUCUUUUACUUAUUGAAUUUAUUUAAACACUUACACUAGACUACUUAUAUAAUAAUUAAUUAUUCACUAAUAAUUAAUUAACUUAUCACUACAUUGACCUUUCUUCCGGAAGACGGUUACCAACCCUCGUGCGUUUUUGGUACGGACAGGGAUGUUGCACGUCAGCGAAUAGUAUUCCGGCGGAGCAAACAAAUAUCGUUGCUGUUCUGUAGUGACUCCAUAUCUAGCUUUGCCGGUACUUGCGUACCCACCCAGAAAUUCAUCGAAAGCAGUAUUAGGCUGUUCUCGCGAAUGGUUCACUCUUUCCUGUAAGUCAUGGUCUCUUUCGAACAGCGCUAGUCGAUUUUGGUGGAAAACUUUCCGUUUUCUAUUGCUUAUGCGAUAAAUGACAUCAUUGAUCCUUUUUUGAUUAAGUAUGGAUUUCAUUCUGUCGCUGUCAACUAGAAGAUUCGAGUGAACCAACUCGUGUAAGUCAUCUGGUCUUCUUCUCAAUUGAAUCACAAAAUUUUCUGCUGCUAAGUAUUCUCCAGGUCGACAGCCAAAUCCUAGGUCACAAGGAAGCCUCAUUUCACAGAAUUUUCGUGUUUCAUUCUCAUUAAUAACGAAUCCAUAAGCCAUUGCAAAUAGGAAUAGAUACUGAACCCAAUCUCGCUGGUGGCUGGAAACCACUUCAAACAGAUAUCUGCCAAUGGUCCUGCUCGUUUUCUCGAUCUUAUUGUGGAUGUAAUGCGGUUGCAGUAUAUUUCUUCCCAUUCACUUCUCCAUCCACAAAUACACUGCCAUUGCCAUAUCUGAAAGAAGCUAUCAGUAUGAGAGGUUCUUUAGAGCAAUCCUGGGUCGGUGCUGCCUCCUCGUAGCCAACCCGUUCUAGUUUUCCUGCAUCUGUGUUUCUUCAUUUGUGGGAGUGCCAGAUCGCUUACACGAACUUCGUACAUAACCUAACUCUACACAAUUGCAGCAUAUAAUCUUCGUUGGCAUACGUUGACGAUCUAGUCAAGUUUGCUCUCGUCAAGAGUACAUGUGAAGCAUCCCAACGCAGUGUAAUGCUUAAGUUCACUCUCUUUUCUUUAACCGACCAAUUAGUCCCUCUAGUGGCUGCCUUAAACUGUUUAAAGUAAAAGUCAAAAGUUGGGACCUUCACUCGUGUAAAACUGUCAUUGUCUUCGGUCUUGAAUAGUGCUUGUGGGUUGCAAGAUUUCAUUUGUUCGAUCUUCUUUUUUUUUAUUAGAAUAUCUUCUAUUCUCGAAUUUGCAAUCUUUCAUUAUCAUUCUCGAUAUCUCGUCUAUUAGCAGAGAUAUCCCAAAAUAUCGUCUUUCAUGGUAGAAAUAUUCUCGUCAAUAUUAGCCGUUUUUUCAAAAGUUGAAGUGUCGUCUUUCAUGAUAGAAUUCUUCUCAUCCAUUUGAAUAGAAAUAUCGUUCAUCAACCAUCAGCUUAUUGUCUAUUGAAGGAAAAGUCGUCAGUCAGCCGAUAGAAAAUUUCGCGCAUCGCCCUUACUGACGGUCUUACUCCCACUAGAGAAGCAGCUGACGGUCAUUAUUAUAUUUCUACGUACGUAUGAAAUCAUGUGUAAAAAUUUCUAAUGGGAUAAGAUAAUUUGAGAUUCAUAUUUUUUGGUCAAGUUAACGCACUCGACUGACGCAUACUCCCCGUCCGUUGCACGAUUGAUGGUUGUUUUUUGUGGCUAAUAAACAUCAAUAUUAUUUGAUAACAAUUUCGACUAACACAAAAUAACUUUAGAUAACUUUGCUUUUCACUAUUACCGUCGCUUCGCAUGUAUGCACCCACCGAUCGUAUUGAGGCUAACGGUCGGUUUCGUGAUUAGGAAUGUGUCUUCAGCGUACCGUAUUAAACUCAGCCGGGAUAAAAUUCCUUGAAAAAAAAAGCCGUUGCCUCCUGGACCAUUACAGCAAAUAUUAAAUUCCAUAUCACUACCUAAAAUAAAAAAAUCAUAUAUCAAUGUAUAAAGUAGUAUAGAUAAAACGUUUUCAUAAUUAUUACAUUUAGCUAAUUUCUAAAUAUUCGAAAACGGCUAACUGAAACUUGUACUUAAUAUUCCGUUUUUAUGUUCAAGUACGAUAUACACUCAGGUCGCGUUGCAAAAAGGGUUUUUAACUAGUUAGUUCUCUUUCAAAUGUAAGCUUCGAAUACAUUUGACAUGUGGUCUAUGCAUGCUAAUAUUUUGUAUAAUGACUGGUUAAAAUAACUUAUGCAGCUUCAUCCUUGGUUCCAAUACACAUACUUAACUAUAUAUACUCAUUUUAAUGAUGUGAUGUUCCCAAUAUUUUUUGAAUAGGUAUUAAAAAGAAAUUAUUACAGUUCAAAACUCCACAUAAUUUUAUAUUUAGUGAAGUUUCUGUAAUGUACAAAGCUUUAUAUAAAAAUAUUGUUUUUAUUGAUAUAUAUUUGAAAUUGAUUUGUUCUGAGAACAUUAACUGCGGUACGACAUAUCAGUUUGGGGAGUGGUUAUUAAAGAAAAACACAGACAAGCUAUCCGAUAUUAAUUUAUCGUUCUGUUCGUUUGUUUCUUACUUAGCAGUGUCUUGUUUUUUCUCUAUAUUGCUUCUGAAUCUCUUUCUCUCUCCACAUAUACUGCGUUCUUGUAAUACGUCCUAACCAUCCCAACGCUUGUGCUUCAACGUACUUUACUGUAGUAGUAUAUCCAUAUUUCAAAUUGUUUUUAUCUGUUAUCGUGACGUUAUUAUCUCAACGCUCAUGCUUUUGUCCUAUACUAACUUUACUGUCGAAUAUAUUUCUUACAUUUCAGCAUUUCUUUCAUGACUCCAUUAUUUUUAUUCGCAUAUUUAUUUUUUACUUCCUAUAUCUUCCCCUUGUCCAUUUUUGAUGACUCUAAAAGAUUUAAAAUUGUAUUUCAUUUCUUCAGUAUUUUAGACUUUGUAUCGGUACUGUUAGAUUUUUCUUUUUAUACUUAAUCUUGUAUUAUGAUUAGAUGGUUUUAAUUCGUAUACUUAGGCACUUAAGCCUCAAAUUUUCGCUGCCAUUUUUAUAGGAUUGUUAGUUUUCAUCUAUUUUUGGUACCAUAGUCUUGAUUAUCAAGGUGCAAAUCUCUUCCUCAAUUAAACUCAUACAAAUUUGAAUAUCCUCACUAAUCAAUGGGUAUAAUUAGUUAUUUGUUGCCAUUUGUAAUCCCUAUCUAUUUUUGCUUUUCACAGCGAACGAAGUUAUUUUAAUCUAUCAAUCUAAUACUAAAUUCAAAAAUAUUAUGAACAUUACAAUUUUCUCAAAGUUAGUGAAGUGCAAAUCUAUACAUUGAAUUUAUACAGGGCUGUACUUGUUAUAUAAAUUUUAUUGUCUUCUUGAUUAUUAUGGGAGAAUAUAGAUUUGCUCUAUUACUAUUACAGGUGUAAGUAUUUUCAGAGUGUUAUUAACACUCGGUAGAUAGUUACUACGAAAUAGAAAUUCUUCUCAUUUCCAUUGGAACCCCAGUUGAAAUGUUUAUUUAAUAAUUCUGCCAUAAAGUUGCCAAAUACAUUCGCAUAGUUGUGAUAGAACCAGGACCUGAUUGGGUUAAAUUUGGCUUUAGGCAAAUAAUGGGGAAUUUAAUAAAAAAUUAACAAGAAAUAAAAAA